AUGGAUGAAGACUUGAAACCAGAGGCACUUGACUCUACUCUUCAGAGCCCCUCAGAGACAUUACUUUCCAUACGACUGUUGGACUUUAAAACAAGUCUGUUGGAGGCAGUAGAAGAGCUGCGUAUAAGAAGGAAAACAGAGGCUAAUUAUGAAGAUCAGAUAAGCAGAAUUGUUGUAGAGAAACAGGAACUCGAAUGGCAGAAGGAAACUCUCCAGCAUCAGAUGGACACAUUGUACCAGCAAAACAAAGAAGCCAUGGCAGCUUUUAAAAAACAGUUACAGGCAAGGAUGUUUGCCAUGGAGGAAGAAAAGGGAAAAUACCAACUUGCUGUGGAAACAAAAGAAAAAGAAAUUGAUGGGUUGAAAGAAACAUUGAAAGCAUUGCAGAUUUCAAAAUACACUUUGCAAAAGAAACUGAAUGAAAUGGAUCAAAAAUUACAGAUGCAGCUCAUGGGGAAAGAGGAGCAUCAUAAGAAACUGAAUGAAGUUGAGAGGUGUUAUGCUACUAUUGCAUCACAGUUUGGAAUCAUAAAAGGUGUUCAUGGAAAACUAGAGCACAGUGUGCAGGAAGCCAUACAGCACAACAAGAGACUCACAGCAGUGAACAGGAGACAAGAGGCUGAAAUAAGUAACCUGAAGGAAGAACUGAAGAAAGUAACUACAGACUUGAUAAGGUCCAAGGUCACAUCUCAGUACAGGGUGGGAGAAGAAAACAUCAAUCUUGCAGUGAAGGAGAAACAGUUUCAAGAACUGCAGCAAAAACUCAGAAUGGAGACAGCAGUGAGUAAAAGAAUCCAAGAGGAAAACGCUCACAUCAAAGAGGAACAGCUGGAAAUUCUCAGCUCUCUCCAGUGUGUGCAGGAGCUGCUCCAGCGAAUAAGCCAAACGAAUGUUAGGAUGGAAAGUGAAUUAAAUGCACUGAAAGAAGAAUAUCAGGCCCUUGAGAGAGAUAAUGAGCUGCAAAGGGAGAAGGCAAAGGAAAAUGAAGAAAAGUUCCUUAAUCUUCAGAAGGAGCAUGAGAAAGCACUAAGAACUUGGAAAAAAGAUGAGGAAAACAUGAGAAGAGAAAUAGACACUAUAAAAAAUGAGCUGAAUACCCUGAAAGGACUUCACAGACAUCUUGAAGAUUCUCAACCUCCUCAGGAAAUUCAGAGUUCUGAGCAGGUGGAAAAUCUGCAGGUGCAUUCAGCAGCUCAGCCCACACCAAUAGAUGUGAGUGGUCAAGAACACUCCAAAGACAGUGAAGUACAGGCUAUUCAGAAAGAAAAGGAGUUUGUGCAAUCCAUAAUAAGAAAAUAUGGUAAUUGUGGACAUGAAGAAGACCCUGAAGUAAAAACCAUAAGGGACCACUCUUCAAGCACUGAGGAACUGCAGAUAGAGACCUGAAAUUUACAAGUUCUUGAAAGCAGUUUUAAGGAUGAAGUUAAUGUUGCCAGCCCUCGUGAAGGAAAGCAAAGGGAGGUGUCUCCCAGGAAUACCCUCUGCACAGAUACUGAUUUAAUUACCCAAGGACAGAGCUCAGAAAUGGAUGUCACUGGGUGCAAAGAGGCAGAAAAUCUAGGACCAACACACAGAAUGUUACUAGAUGAAACCAAUGCACAUUUAGAAGAAAAGCUCCAGGAGAGCACUGAGCCCUGGGCAGCAAGUCACAGGCAAGCACAGAAGGGCUUUUCAGUCAGUACUGAGGAUGUAGGUGCCUACAAGCAAAAUGCAGGUCAGGAGGACAACUCUGGCAAGCAAGAACUGUGCAGUCCUGCAGAUGAAACAAUUUGUGCCAAGGCAGAUACAAAAUCAAAUACCAUCCAACACAACCCAAGUGUUACACCUGCAGCACCCAAACCUGAGUCUGAAGUGGCUCUUUGCACAGACAAUGCUGAGCUGGAGAGAAGUACAGACAGCCAGCAAGCUAAGGAGCUAAGUUUUGGCAUCCUACCUUACUCUAAAGAAAAUUCUCAAACUGAACACCAAAAAUGUGGCUUGCUGAGCAGUGACAACGAUGUAGAUAGUGGAUUACAUGCAGCAGAAAAACACUUAAAUCCAAGUGGUUUACAUAAACUCCCUUUCAAAGUGACACAUAGAGAUGCUGAAGACAGAAAUGCUGAUGACAACACCAGAAACACAGACAGAACUGGUGCACUGGGGAGCACUGGUGUUCCAGCAACUGAUGCUCAAAAUCUACCAACUGUUUGCUCUGAUAAUGCAAGAGGUGAUGAUGCUGCAAAAGAACACAGUGACCACAGGUCUCUCUUGGGUACCUGCAAUUUAUGGCCCUCAAAAAUUGAAAGGGGAACAAAUGUGGGUGACAUGUGCAGAAAGCAACCUGAACAAGACAGCACUAAACAAACAGGGAAUGCUCCAAACACAUCUCCUUUGAAUGCUGAAGCCAUAAAGGCUGAAAGUCUUGGAAUUGCUCUUAAAAAACCCCCAGCAGAUAGAACUGGUACAGAUGAACUAAUUCCAUGUCAGAAAGUUAACAAUGAAGCUCAGAUACACUCCAUCAAAAAUGGGCACUCCCUGGAGGUGAAUAAUUCAACAAAUACCACAUUGUUAAAAGAGAAAAAAGAUUCACUGGAUGGUGCAGUUCCAGGAAGGAAGUUUGCUGAGGGUCACCUGAAAGAAUCAUGCUCUUUACCCAUGAGAACAUCUGGAAAUUUAGUAAAUGUAAGUGGAAGGUCAUCCUUUGAUCUUUCAACCUCAGAUAAAAAAGCUGAGAAAACUCCAGUAUACCUCAAUUUUUUAGACUUCAGCUCUUGUUUAAGAGUAAAUCAAACGAGAGGUCAAGUGACAUGGACUUCAGCUCCCAAGGAUCCUUCCCUUCAGAAGGAGAAACUGCCAUGCUUAGUGGAAAACACCAAGGUUCUCUCAAAAGCACAGUGCCAGAAUCCCAGUGAAAAUGUGGCCAGAGGAGAAACAGGGCUAGGUUCUACAAGUUCCAACAGAGCUGCCAACACUCUGAAUACUUCCAGUAUCCAGCAAGACUCCCAAGGAGACCCUCGUGAGGAAUGGAAUGCUACAGCAAAGGCCUUUUAUGAUUCUUCUUUUCCCACAGAACAUGUGAAAGAAGCAUUUAGUGCUUCACAGCAGGAGCAGAAGUUUUCUCAUGUGACUGCAGCUCCAGCAAGAGGUGAAAACACACUCGGGGACGAGGACAGCUCUUCUCUUCAGCACUCCAUUAUGCAAAACCAAAUAGAACAGAUUGAGAAACUCCUGAAUUUGGAGAGACUUCAUUCAGCAAGAAAAAGAAGGUAUGAAGAAGGCCAGUGA